AUGAAUCCUGAUCAGCGCAAGCGAUAUCUUUUGGAUGGUGACCCUAAGGAAGCUAAAAAACUCGACGCAAACGGGGAUGAUGUCGUACGGCGGUAUUCGUAUCUCGUCGGCCUUACUCCACUUUUCCGCCACUUCAUUGAUAUGCUGAAAGUUAAGGACGCCGGACUUCGACGCCAAAUCGCCGAACUCAACAAAAAACCUUCUAAGACGCGUAAUCGAAGUGGCGGUGGUGGCCGUACGCGGAAGACUGAGAAGCAAGAGGAUGCCGAGUUGUUAUAUGAGGAGGAUCAUGAGCCAAAUGCUACGGUGCUCACCGAAUCGCCCAGUUACAUCGAAGGUGGAACUCUUAGAGAAUACCAAAUUCAAGGUCUCAACUGGUUGAUAUCACUUUAUGAGAAUCGUUUACUGGGCAUCUUGGCUGACGAAAUGGGGUUAGGUAAGACGCUCCAAACCAUUUCAUUUCUCGGAUUCUUACGCCACCACAAAGGCAUAAAUGGGCCUUUCAUUGUCAUUGUACCGAAACUGACUUUGGAUAAUUGGCGGCGAGAGUUUGCGAAGUGGACACCGGAUGUGGAUAUUUGUGUGCUUCAAGGGAAUAAAGAGGAGCGCGCAGAGAUAAUAUCAAAACGAUUAAUGAAAGCUAAAUUCGAUGUUUUGAUCACCUCUUUCGAGAUGGUCAUUCGAGAGAAGGCAUGUCUCAAGAAGUUUCGUUGGCAAUAUAUUGUUGUUGAUGAAGCACACAGAAUCAAGAAUGAAGAUCUGAGUUUGUCUCAGAUCAUCCGUCUAUUUUACCUGAAAAACAGGUUACUCAUUACUGGGACACCUUUACAAAACAAUUUGCACGAACUCUGGGCAUUGCUCAACUUUUUAUUGCCUGAUGUUUUCGGUGACUCAGAACAAUUCGACGCUUGGUUUCAAGAGAACGAGGGUGAUCAGGACAAUGUGGUAAAUCAACUCCACCAAUUAUUGCUGCCAUUUCUAUUGCGCCGUGUGAAGCUGGACGUCGAAAAACUGUUACUUCCUAAAAAAGAAUCCAACGUUUACAUCGACAUGGUACCGAUGCAACUUGAUUGGUACUCUAAACUUCUUGAAAAGGAUAUCGAUGCAGUAAAUGGUGCUGUUGGCAAGCGUGAAGCCAAGACGCGAUUACUUAACAUUGUGAUGCAAUUGCGAAAAUGUUGCAAUCAUCCAUACUUAUUUGAUGGAGCAGAGCCAGGGCCACCUUAUACCACUGACGAGCAUUUGGUGUAUAAUCUGGGUAAAAUGAUAAUUCUUGACAAAAUGCUUAAGAAAUUUCAAAAAGAAGGUCUGCGAGUUCUUAUCUUUUCGCAAAUGUCGCGGCUUCUUGAUAUUCUUGAGGACUAUUGCAUGUUUCGUGAAUACGAGUAUUGUCGUAUUGAUGGGCUGACAUCUCAUGAAGAUCGUAUUGCCGCAAUUGACGAAUACAAUGCUCCAAAUUCAAAAAAGUUCGUGUUUUUGUUAACCACUCGGGCUGGCGGUUUGGGGAUCAACUUAACGACGGCUGACAUUGUGAUUCUUUACGACUCAGAUUGGAACCCCCAAGCAGAUUUGCAGGCUAUGGAUAGAGCUCACCGAAUUGGUCAACAAAAACAGGUCUAUGUGUAUCGAUUUGUAACGAACAAGAGUGCUGAGGAGAAGGUACUUGAAAAGGCCGCUCAAAAGCUUCGUCUUGAUCAGUUGGUCAUUCAACAAGGACGGACACUAAACAAGGUUGCCAAAAAUAGUGCCAGCCAAAAUGCUGUAAAUCUGAAGGAUGCAUUGAUUGGAAUGAUCCAACAUGGCGCUAAAGAAGUUUUCGAAAAUAAGAAUAGGAAGAAAGGAGAAAAGAGUGAGAUGUUUGACGAUGAUAUCGACGCCAUUCUUGCUCGUGGUGCUGAGCGCACGAAGGAGCUCAACCAAAAGUUUAAUACUCUUGGCUUGGACGAUCUCAAAAAUAUAUCUUUCGAUGGUGGAUCAAAUUACGAGUGGGAUGGCAAAAAUUUUAAGAAGAAAGAUGCCCAAUCUUUCACCCUUCAAGGCGGAUGGAUCAACCCCCUGCGACGUGAGCGAAAAGAGCAACAGUAUCUGGUUGACAAUUAUUACAAAGAUGUCCUUAAUUCCAAUGGAGGUGAUAAGCUGACUACCAUUAAGCUCAAGCAACCCAAACAGAUAAAUUUGCAAGAUCACCAAUUUGCACCUCCUGAACUUCAGGCGCUUUUGGACCGUGAACAAUUGGCCUAUAAAAAAGAAAUAGGGUACAAAUAUCUGGCUUUCGACUUUGACAGUGACGAUGAAGUGGAAUUUGAGGAUGAUCAGCAACAAGAUGAUGACGAUGAUGAAAAUCUUCUGACAGCAGGGCUCACGAAGGAAGAAAAAAUGGCCUACUGGCAACGCAAGGUUGACGAAGUGGUACCUCUAUCCGAGGAGGAACUCAUGCUUAAACAAAAGCUAUUAGACGAGCUGUUCACCACUUGGAGUCGUCGAGACUUCACCAAUUUCAUUCACGCGCUGGCGAAAUUUGGGCGCGCUAACUUAAAUGAGAUUGUAAGAGCUCUCUCCGCGAAGCCUGAAGACGAAGUUCGCCGUUAUGCUGCCACUUUUUGGGACCGCUAUAAAGAAAUCGAGGGCCAUGAGAAAUACAUCCUGCAAAUUGAGGCUCAAGAAAAGAAAGCUGCUAAGCUAGAAAAUCAGCUGAAGUUGUUGAAGGCUAAGUUGGAGGCGUGUAAUGAUCCACUUGAAAAUCUUACAGUGCAAUCUGUUCCUAGUAGCUCCAAAAGAGUUUACACUAAAGCUGAGGAUCGCUUCUUAUUGGUGAAAGUUCAUGAGUAUGGUUUAUUCCUGGAAAGUCUCAACGAAAAAAUUAAAGAGGAUAUCAUGCGCCUGGAUUUGUUCAAGUUUGAUUGGUACUUUCUCCUGCGUACUCCCCAAGAGAUCGGUCGGCGUAUCACUACCCUCUUACUUGCAUUACUGAGAGAAGCCGAGGGCCCCUCUAAAAAAAGAAUCAAGAAAGAAGCUACCUCCCUGCGAACAGGAUCCACCGAACCAAAUGGGAAGCGCGUGACUCCAGAAACGCCUGGAGAUAGGGUUCCAAAGAAGAUAAAAAGAAACGAGUAA